AUGGUAUGCUCUUUGUGCGGAUCGAAGAAGCACAACUUGCGCACAUGUACUUUGCCGGGUGCAGCGCAGCAUCGGAGCAUGCACCGUGAGCUGCUGAAACUGAAAGGGGCUGUGCCAAAUGCUCAAGCCGGGCGAAAACCGCGUAGGCUAGGUGCUCCUACCACAGGACGGUUCCAAGCACAGCGUUCUCUGCGAUACAGUGGUUCUGGACGUGCGAAGCUGCGGAAGGCUGUAGCCAACAAGAAGCGUGCCAAGACAGUGGGACUGACUCAGACCUCUGACGGCCAGCUCCAAGCAGUCAAGGACUUGCGGCGAGACGGCUUCCUGCCAGCAAAGCCUCUGAAGUGCAUGACUUGCAGAGGUCCAGUGGGCCAGAUGCAGCUUCGCGCAAAGGGACACGUGUGGGUGCGCUGCAUCGACACUGACUGUCGAGUAGCCAGGAAUGUCCUUUCGGAGGCUUCCUGGUUGCCAGAUGUCAGCAGGCAACCUUGGACACCCAUGCAGUUGCAGGCAGCUUUACGCCUGAGCACUGCCGGUUUUGGGAAGCAGGCAUCGACUCCGUAUGCCUUGGCUCGCAGUUUGGGCACGACGUACAAGCCAACUUCACGGUUUCUUGAAGCAGUGCGAAGCCUGGAGGCUGCAGCAAGUGAGAAGCUCAAUGCACGCACGAUGCUGGACAAGGCGGUCGAAGUAGAUGGGACUUGUCUGCGCACCUUGCGGGUCUCCAGAUGGUCAAAGACAUAUGCGAACUCGGUGCAAGAGUGGCAGGCGAAGCAUGCGCACCAAGCAUCGCCGGACUACUUCCUUCUGCACCUGCGUGCGCUGGGGGCCACGCAGCGCGGGACGCAGAAAUGUGUCUUUGUUCCAGCUCCUUUGCGCUUAGUUCCUGCUGGCUCCGUGCCGCCGCCCGAGAGCUGCGAGGAUGUUCUCUGCACACGUCUGCUCAAACGGAUUCGCAGUCAGGACCGUGUUGAGGGUUUAGGGUUGAGAAAUAUAGGUUUGCAAUGA